UUUAUUCUUUCUUUCUUUCUUUCUUUCUCUCUCUCUCUCUCUCUUUCUCUUUCUUAUAAAUAAUCGUUUGAUUUAUUCGUGUUAAAUCCGUUUUUGUAUACAUACACACACAAACAUAUAUACGUACACAAACACGGAUACAUACAUAUAUACGUAUAUAAGUUUAUUCGUUCGUGUGAUUUUGGAAUGGUCGAUUUUCGAGAGGUCCGCGUCCGCUUCGAGGGACUUUUCUUCCACGGUUUUUAUCGAAUAUAAAUAAUUCAAGAAGGAAGAAGAAAAAGAAGAAGAAGAAGAAUAAGGUGAGGAAAGGUGAGGAGAGGAGAAGAGAAGAGAAGAGAAGAGAAGAGAACAGAACAGAAGAGAGGAGAAGAAACGAGUGAAAGGGUUGACAGUUUUCGUUGGAAUUUUUUGGUAGAUCCGAUUGGUGAAAUCGUUGAGAGAAACAGAAAGAGAAACAGAAAUUGGAAGAGAGGAAAGAGAGAGAGAAAGAGAGAGAGAGGGAGAGCGGGAAAGAGCCAAUUCAGACGACGUAACAGGAAAGAAAAAAAAAGAAUCGAAGAAACGUUAUAUCUGAGAUAAGCUUGAAGGAGGUAACACGAAUUGAAAUCAUCGAGAUGCGGUGAUGGCUUUACUUUACAGAUUCGUGCAACUGCCAGAUCGCAGCGGCACGCGGGUAUUUUCAUUCGUCGUUACCCGAAGUGUCGUACGCGAUCCAGAAAGGGAUGUUACCAGCAAAGAAUUAGUUUGUGGCUUCCAAAGAUGGGCGGUAGCAUUUUCACGGGGAGACAAGGUAUUAGGCGUAUACCUGGUAUGGCGCGGUGCAUCGCGGAAUCUACGAGUUUACGUCGAUUUCACGUUCACUUUGUUGAAUCGUGAACAUUUCUCAAUGAACGAGGGUUUUUCUGGGAAACGAGUGAAAUUCACUUACGAAUUGCCAGCCCAAGGCAACCGCAACUACAUACCAGUAUCCGACCUCUAUUCACGUAACUUUGCCGAUACCAACGGCGAAUUCCAGUUGGAGUUGUCAAUGGCGAACGUACGUACGGUAUACAUGACGGAACUUAGAAUGCCAACUGGGGUCUUCUCGACUGGUCAACCGAAGUCAAAUAAACUUGAGACCGAUUGCUUUACCUUCGGUGGUUUUGACUGGAGUGUCGUUAUCUAUCCUUAUGGGAAUAAAGAAGCUGAGGGUUACCGGGGCCAGGAUCACGUAAGUGUCUAUUUGAUGAGACUCACGGGAUUCGAUCAUCGGUGCAGAGUAAAAUACAGCGUAGCAUUGGGCGAGGGUGAUCGUAGAGUUGACUCUGGCCAAAUAGAAGAUCUCUCGAAUGCCGAAGGUUACGGAUUUGGAUGGCAUCCGCGUUACAAAUGGUCGGAUGUCGCGCAUAAAGGUGUACUCAGAGUUUGCCUUGAAAUGGUCGAGGCAAGAACGAUCUGCGAGGUGGCCGUGCAAGCUCUAGGUCCGUCUGUAUUGUCACCUACACCUUGUUACGAUCGUGACAAACAAGCAUGGGUCGUUAGAGCCGAUCUUCAUUCGGAAACGGUCAGACUCCAUUUGGUUUAUAAAGACAUCAAUCACGUACCGCGAAAUCAUUUGAGAUACGUGAAUUGGUCGGCAUAUUUACUAAGAGGCGAGGAACCCGACACGGCUGCUAUCUGUCUACCGGGUGCACCCUUCAGCCGUUAUUACGCUCAAGAAUCCGCGGACGAGGGUAUCAUCAUGGAAACGAAUUUGGAUACUAACGAGAUCAAGGACAAUCAUUGUCCAUUCCUCACGGACAAGAAACAAUUGAGGAUCAGACUGGAAUGGAACGAGAGUCAUUUGUUAUUCCAAGCGACUUAUCACAAAUACGACGACGUCUGUCGUAUUCACAAUCAACAGAUGAGACGUGAAAUAGCAUCACUUCAGGCUGAAAAUUAUACGUUAGAGAGACAAUUGUUCAGCUAUCAAAAGAGUCUCGCGUUUGCGCAAGCGCAACAACAGCAACAACAAAAGCAACAACAGCAACAGCAGCAACAACAACAACAACAACAGCAGCAACAACAACAGGGUCAACAACGGCAUACCGGUCACCCGACGCAUUUUGAGAGAUCAGCAUCGACCGAUACUGAAUACGCCUGACAAGUGGAUCUUGCCAACGAAUCGGAAAGUGGCAGCUGUAGGCGACAAUUGCCGGUAAUCCAAGAAAACGAUCGUAGGGUCCACCAGAAUCUCGUAAGAUUGAUGGAUCGUCGUUUGAGUAACGUCCAAUUGCAACAACAUCUUUACGAAUCUUACGAACACCAGUCGCAAUUUCGUAACAACAGCGAAUCAUCGCCUAAACACAGCAUCGAUCGAUCCGAUGAACAUCGACGCAGCAUCGUUCAACAACCAAAAAGAUCGAGCAUUGGUCGUUCCGAUAGCCCAUCCGAUCGUGGCACCGACAUAUACCAGGCUUAUUAUAUGGGUUACGUCGGACAAACGGCUCAUAAACGUCGCAGGACCACUUUGUGGGAAACUCUGACAGGAUUAGUUUGUUCCUUGGGUGCUUUAGCCACCAGGGCCGCAAAAAUGGCCGCCAGACGUGGGGAUCCUCUUUGAAAUAAUCAAUCCGAGGAUUGAUUUCGAGUCGUAUUUAAUAUUAAUUAACUCGUUAUUCAAAUUUUGAACUGAUGUUCGAGAAUACAUGCACAGAGAAACAUAACAUAGUUUUAUGAUUUUAAAUAAUAAAAUGAAAUGAGAUAGAACGGUCUUAUUGUACGUGGAGUUAUAAUUAACUUAAAACGUGAAACACGUAGUAGAAUUUAAAUAACAACAAUAACAACAACAACAACAAAAACA